AUGUGCUUAAAUUUCCCUGUACAGUGGGCCGAUCACGACUUAGGAAAGAAGCAUGGCAAAGCUGUGCGCAGACAGGCACAGGCGAAGGAAGGUUCUUCAGUUUCGCAGAAGAUUCCCGUGCCGCCAGAGGGCUUUGGAAAGAGGUCGUAUGAAAAGGGCAUCGACGAAGACCCGCCGGAUGCCAUGCAGGCAGACCGGGACAGCAUUUCACAGGUGGAGGGAUCUGCCCCGUCCGAGCAGCUGGACUUCCACCCAGAUCAGCGAUUUGCGACCAAUCGCAAGACUCCUAUUCCUGGCACCAGCAGUGGUAUGGCUAUGGGUACGGACCGUGUGGGCGUGUCUCCUGGCGAAGCCCUUCGAAAGCUUCAGCCGCCAAUCGCAAGCUUCAUUAGGCGUGAGUCGAAGGUCGGCCAAGUGCGCAAGCGGGUGCUCAAGCAGAUGGUCCGGGCAAACACAGGCCUCCGCUCCGAGGAGGAGCUGGACGGUCUGCUGACCAUUCUUCAGACCGACGAGCGGCUCCUGAAGUACCUGGGUCUCCUGGAGCGCUGCUGCUUCGAGGCGGAGAAGAUCCAGGCACGCAUGGACAAACGCCAGGAGAAGUUCCGCUCCGCCAAGCUGGGCAGCUACGCCCAGGAACGAGCGGAAGAGGCGGUCGUCGACGUCUUCUCAUCGGCCAAAGGGCUCGAGCUGCGCAUCCAGGCGUGCUGCAAUGCGGCAGAAGAGCUGCCCGAGACAUAUGAUUCCAUGAACGAGAUCGGGGAUUUCUUCAACAGCUUGAAUCCCUUUCGCUAG